ACAGAAGCGAAUAAUCACACAAGCUCUAUACUAUAUUAUAUCAAAAAAAGGCAUCUCUUCGGCCAGAACAUGGAGAUCUUUCAAUGGCUCUUUAAGUUGGGAAAGGAACCAGGGAGACCAGAGCCCAGUUCAAUCACUUGUUCUGAUCAUGAACCAACUACAACUCUAACAAAUUACACAGAUCAUAGAACAAGAAGAUCAUCUACAAAAGGGUCUAAACAUAGAAACCAAAAGAGUUACAGAGGAAUAUGGCUAUGGUGUAGAAAAGAUGUAGCAAAGGCUUGUUUCUAUAGCACACUGAAUUUAAGAAGAGUUAGUAGCUUUAGAAGGGAACAUUUGGUUCGCUCAAUGGCAAAGAUGAAAGCACAAGGAGGAGGAGAAGAAGGAGUGACAUCGACAAGGUUUGAUCCGAAAAAGACUAUCAAAGUCUUGGAACCGGAGAAACAAGAAACCAACGAAGAGAAGGCGAAAAGCGAACCGAGCAAAGGUAAGGCCACACUUUUAAGAAUGAAGGAGCUCAUCAAAUGGGCAGCAGCAGCUAAAUCCGACAAAGCUGCCAAGUUCUUCACCCCUAAGAUAAUGAUGGAGUUGAGAAACAGAAAAAAGUUGAAGAUGAUGAGAUCAGAGGUGAAUGAUGAAGAAUCAAGAAAAAGAUUGAGUAGUGUAUCAACAAAUAAUAUAAGUUUGAGAUGGGAGAGUAGUGAGAGUUGCACAACACACUCUUCAUCAUCUGACCAAAUCUCUAUAGUUUCUUCACCAGCAAUCCUUGUUUCCUUGGGUCAUACGCCACUCUACCAAUGCAGAUCCAAGAAAGGAAACUGGAUCACUACUGAUUCUGAAUUUGUGGUGUUAGAGUUAUAAAGAGAAAGUUAGGUGUGGUGGAUGAAGACGACGACAAAGACAACCUAUUGAUUCUCAUCCCUAGACGAAUUUUGCAAGUAAAAAAUCUAAUGCCAUUUGUAAUUAAUUUAUAGCAUU